AUGGAUCAACAAUUUUGCGAUAUUAGCAACGAUCAAAUCCAAUACAUCUAUCAUACUGCGCUGUUGAAAGACUUGGAUUUGCCUCCUGCGAAGUGGAUAAAAGGAGAUUCGUUUCGAAGAUGUGUUGUUAAUCAAAUGUUCAUCGACAAAAUGACUCGAAUCAUAUACGGAUGUCGCAAGGAAGAAGAUUCUGUUGCUAUAUGUCGAGCAGAAGCGCCUAGCCAAGAUCAUCUCGCCAAUCAAAAAAGUCCAAUUCCAGAAGAGCAAGGAUCUCCAAGCAGUUCAAAGGGACAAGGAUCUCCAAGCAGUUCAAAGGGACAAGGAUCUCCAAGCAGUUCAAAGGGAAAGACGAGUUAUUUCAAACGCAUCGAAAGAUUGAUGAAAGAGCGCGGGGUUAGUCAAAAUUAAAUAACAAACAUUUUUCAGUCGGUUUCAUUGUUCAAUUUUCAGCAAAACUAUAAAAAUGCCGUUGCUCCAAUUUUCUACCACACCGAAGUCGCCCCCAAACGCCGCAAAUAG